GAGGUGAUUGGCAUGCUCACAUGCAGGAUACGUUGGAAUGUGCGUUGCGCCUGCACGUAGAGCCCCACAUCUGCAGCGGACUGGUUACUCCGCAAGACGUUGAGCUGCAUCAGAGGCUCAUCACACAGCUAACGUCAGCAUGCCACGAGCUCCACGAUGUCUUCUUUGACAUUCCUGUUUCCGAGAGAAUGCAGCUGAUCUCCCAGCUGCGAUCACAAAAGGCUCGUCCCCCUCUGAAAAUUGCCAAGAGUUGCGUGGAGCAGGCACCGAAAAAGAUCUCCCUGGCCACGCAGAAGGUUCUGGAGAGGCGUCUCUCCAAACUGACUGGAAGAGGCCAGAACCUGAAAGUGGAGGUCAAGCGGCCAACUGCAGUUGUCCGAUCGCAGACCUUUGUCGCUACUGCCUCCGCAGACACCUGUCACACGGCUGGAGCAGCACCCUCAGGGACCACUCGCAAGAUAUGUCGUCUACCAAUGUACAAAGUGUGAUGUCAAGCGGCCUCCAUUGCCCGCAGCUUGAUUUUUUCAGCUGCUGUGAUAUUUUCUCUUUGCGAUGCCUUGCCAGUUGUGCCUUUCAGUUAUUGUUUUAUGGCCUACAGUUCGCAACCAGGCUCCAAAGUUAUAUAUAGCACGAAAAAAUGCUUGCAUGACAGACAACUUUGAUGUGUGGCAUGUCUUUUAGGUUGACUGUGCUGUCCUGUUCAAUAAUGAAUGUUUGCUUGUUUUACAGCAUUAAAUCAUGAUGAGCCUCCCGCUGCACAAUUGCGGUUUAGUGGCCAUUGUUUUCUUAAUCCUCACUUUUACCUUUUUUAUUAUUUUAUUCAACGCAUGAUGCUCUUUACCAAAUAAAUACUUCAA